UUGUUCACGACGGCCAUUCUCGGACCAUUUUGAUGUGGCGCAUUAAUGACUUCUUGAUAAGGGUAAAUGAACAAGCCACCUGCAAGCCGCAUGGUAAGGACGGGCAAAUCGCUCCUUCUCCUCGCCAUUUGUCCCACUUGCAUCCAUCGCACCACCGCACACUGCACCCAAAGUGUUCUGCCUGGGACUACCAUUACGAGCUCGCGUCUCCUGUGCUCUCCCUCUAGCCUGUACGCGCUCAACAACAAUGAUACGAAAAUACUUUAAGCCUGUAGAAAACACCAGCGAGGAUUGUUUGCCUCCCAAGAAACGCAGACUAUCCGCCUCUGCGACGAAGGAGCUGGAGAAGAAGACGGAUGGGGUGGUUGAAGUAGUGAAGGAGGAUGUGCUGGAACCGCAGCCCUUGGCGUCAGAAGUAGAUAACGGUGUGGGUGAAAUAAAACAAGGGCUGACAGAACAGCAGGUCAAAGCGAUCGAAGCCAAACGACUUGCUGCUCUAGCUUUACGCGAAAAGUCCGCCCUCCUGCAGCUUGAAAAAGAAACCAUGUCCCCAGAUUGGUAUAGAGCUUUCAAAACCGAAAUUGAAAAGCCGUAUUUUCUCAAUAUCAAACGAGCCCUAAACCAAGAAUACGCUCGAAAGGCGACAAUAUACCCAAUCCCAACAGAGAUCUACUCAUUCACAAAAUGUUCAUUGGAAAACAUCAAAGUGGUUAUCAUUGGUCAGGAUCCUUAUCAUGGACCUAAUCAAGCUCACGGACUGUGCUUCUCAGUCAAGAAGGGUAUUCCACCUCCUCCGUCCCUCCUUAACAUAUUCCGAGAACUGGAAUCUGAUCUCGGUCCAGAAAAGUUUACGAGACCCUCACACGGUUUUCUGGAAGGAUGGUGUACGGAAGGUGUCUUACUCCUGAACGCAAGUUUGACCGUCCGAAAAGGCGAAGCCAACAGUCAUCAAAAUUUCGGCUGGGCUCAGUUCACGGACGCCAUCAUAGCCUAUCUGAACAAAACGAAAACAGGGCUUGUAUUUAUGUUGUGGGGCGCUUUUGCGCAAAAGAAAGGGAAAGGUAUUGAUAAGAAGAAGCACUUGGUAUUGACGGCGAAGCACCCAAGCCCUUUGAGUGCCAACCAGGGAGGAUGGUUUGGAUGCAAGCAUUUUUCCAAGGCGAAUGAGUGGCUAAAGGCAAAAGGGAUAAAGGAAGUGGACUGGAAUCAUUUGCCAUGAGUCCCGUACGGUAUAUCGCGGACAGACUUUCAUAUAGCAUGAGAUACCCAACGAUAGGGCAGUUUUUCUUGAUCAAUGUGGAUAGAUGUUGUUUUUUGGUGGUCAUUUUGGGGAUGUUAGUUAAUAUGCUAAUGGCUCUUUUGGCGACUGGAUAGCAAACCACGGCCCUCGCUCAUUAUGCGGUGGACUGCUUGUAAUUAGGUAUUUCGGAUGAACGCGGCGGAGACUUGCCAAUGGAGAGCCCCAGUAGAUUCGAUUUGCAUGUUUAUGAGCGUGAUGGUUGGAAAUUUCAACUUCCCAAGUUGAGCCACA